AUGGGGCUUCAUAAGCAUUUCUUGACAUUCUUGAUUGUUAUUGUUUCUCUAACUUGUUUUAGUACCAACAGCCAGCUUCCAAACAAAAUUCCUCCGAAUUACAUACGAGACGAAUAUGGUUAUGCUUUCGAAGCUUAUCCAUCGUACUUUACCUCCGACGAGGGUGUUGAAUUCGACAAUUCAUUCGCCAUUGAUAGUGGAAUUUCUCAUUUACAAAAGGGAAUCGAAGAAGUUAAGGUUUCUCGUAAGAAAUCAAUCAAUGUACUAAACUUUGGAGCUAAAGGUGAUGGAAAAACCGAUGAUACAAAGGCAUUUGAGAAAGCUUGGGAAGAAAGUUGUGUGUCAUCACAAGACAUGAAUAUUAUGAUUGUGGUGCCACAAAAUCAUACAUUCCUUCUCAAUCCCAUAACCUUUUCUGGCCCUUGCACCACUUCCCAUCUAACAUUUCAGAUUGACGGAGUUGUCUUAGCAUCGAACGAUCGUUCCAAAUACAAAAAAGACAUGAGGCAUUGGCUUCUUUUUGAUAAUAUCCGAAAUUUGGUUGUCAAAGGCAGCGGGAGCUUUGAUGGGAAUGGUGAUAUAUGGUGGCAAAAUUCUUGCAAAAUAAAUGAAUCUAAGCCAUGCGUGAAGGCUCCAACGGCUGUGACAUUCUACAAGUGUACGAAGUUGAGAGUAAAGGAUAUUGCUGUACAAAAUGCGCAACAAAUUCAUAUGUCGAUCGAGCAAUGCAACAAUGUUGAGAUAACCAACGUUAAGGUGAAUGCACCCGAAAAAAGUCCAAACACGGACGGGAUCCAUGUCACGGCUACUCACAACCUUAAUAUCCGCAAAUGCGUAAUAAGCACGGGCGACGACUGUAUUUCCAUCGUAGAUGGAUCAAAGAAGAUCCGAGCCACUGAUAUUACUUGUGGGCCGGGCCAUGGGAUCAGCAUUGGAAGCUUAGGUUCAGGAAACUCGGAAGAGUACGUGUCAGAUGUUGUGGUUAACAGAGCAAAGCUUUCUGGAACCACUAAUGGUGUCCGAAUUAAGACAUGGCAGGGUGGAUCAGGAAGUGCAAGUAACAUCAAAUUCCAGAAUAUUCAGAUGCAGAAUGUGCAUAAUCCUAUCAUUAUUGACCAACAAUACUGUGAUCAAGAUCAACCCUGCAAACAACAGAGUUCGGCAGUCCAAGUGAAGAACAUCGUGUACAAAAACAUCGAGGGGAUGAGUGCGGCGAAUCCGUCGAUAAAAUUCGACUGCAGCAAGAGCUAUCCAUGCCAUGGAAUUCUCCUGCAAAAUGUGAAUUUGCCCGUCGUAAAUAACACAAAACCAGAAGCUCUCUGCAACAACGUAAACUUGAAGACGAUAGGAAAUGUUACCCCUAAUUGUCCUUGAAAAAAAAAAACUCAAAAUCAAAACUUACUGUGUAAAUACUCGAAUGUGUCAAUAGGCGUAAAUAAAGUGCAGCAAAUACUAAUGUACAUACUAGGCAGUAAAAGUUUAUGUAAA